GGCCCCCCCCCCCCCCCCUGCUUACUGCCGUUCCGUAUCGUUCUUAUCGAGCUAGCGAGCGUAUUGGCAUGCGAUACCGUGCGGGAGCAAUGUCAUGCAACUGCUGUCAUCGGCGUCCACGCAUCACCCGAAGACGCCUCCUGGCUGCCGAGAGGCGGCGUUGAAAAAUCCAUAUGACGAACACUCGCAUUGCCCUCGUACUUCAUCCCGCGGGCUGGACAUGCGACAAUUCCCACGACAGCACCAUCACCGAUCGGAAUCUUCCCAUAAGAAGGAGAUGCUUGCAUUAGUCGGAUACACAUUAGUAUUAAGUGCGAUUGUACAAUUUUGGCCCGGAGAUCGAUCGGGUAGCAAAGAAAUGAGGAACACGUCAAAGGAAUGCCAAUGCUUCGUCAGCUCAGCUCCAUGCGAAAGAUCAUGCAGCCGCCGGAUGAGAUAAGGAAAUGGGAUUUCAACGAGGGUAUUUUUCACGAAUCACCAAUGCUCAAUGGGAGACCGUCCAGGGUCUGCUGUCGAGGGUGGCAUUGUGAUCGAACGUCGACGGGCCUCGACGAAAAAAUUCGCUCAGAAGUCGCUUGGCCUCGGCC